AACCCUGCCAUCUAUUGAACACAGGCCCAGAGGUCGUCGUUUAUUUUCUGUAGUAGUAGAUGACUUUACUCAGUUGUCUAAACAGUACAUUCGAAAUAAUAUGGCUACGAGCAACAAACUGUGCUACACAUCUGAACAGAUUCUUCCUGUAGCGCCAUUACUGACGGCAAAACAAUUGUUAGAGUUGCCUGGAAGGAGAAGUUUGACAAUGAGCAAGAAACUGAUGGCUUUAUGGAAAAGCAAAGCGGUUCCAAAUGUGUCAGCUAAAAGCAUUGUAAGUUAUCAAACAGUAAGACGAGACAAAGAAACAUCUAGUGCAACAGAGUCUCUGUCUUCACAGGUACAAGGUUCUAAUCAAGAAAUAAUGCCGGGAAGUCCAGAGCGACCGAGAGAUGUAUCAGUGGAUUCUGCUACAGGGUCUAGGAUGGAAGAAACUCCACCGAUCUUUUCAGAUUUGAGCCAAUUGUCUGAAUCAAGAGACAGUACACAACCAAGCUUUCAAAUAGAACACACCACAGGAAGGCAAAAGCGGCACCUGACAGGACAGAGCAUAGAAGAAGAGACAACUACACCACUUGACAAGACGGGGAUGGAAAUACCGGUACCUACUUUGCAAUUGGAAGGCAUACCAGAGAAACAUAAAUCCCCAGAGAAUAGCUCAUCAGAGGAAGAUCAACCCAUCAAAAUUCAUCACCAGAAAGUUGUCAGAGACAUUGCUGAGCUCACUGCCGUAGAUGAGACGAUAACAUUUAAAGAUCUUGUGCCAUUAUCUACUUCAUGUGCUCGGGCAAGCAAGGUGUUCAGCAUCUGUGUUGAGUUUGCUGCUUCAAACUUGAUUGUGAUUUGGCAAACAAUUGCAUAUGGAGAUAUCUACAUCAAACGGGGAGAACUAUUUUAGAUGAUGACUGACGUUCUGUAAGUGCAAACAACACUCCAUUUUCUUGUUGGUGCUGACACUAUUUUUCUUUAAUACGAAAAUACUGCAUAUUAAGCUUCUUCAAAUGUGUCAUGAAAUAUCCUGUAAUGGGGCUUUAUUUCACAAUAUAUUAUUAAACAUCGCCAACAAAGAAAGUCCACACCCAUCGGAGGGGUCAUAAUUUUUGUGAUCGUCUGAUGAUGACAUCAUUUAUUGGGGAAUUUUGUAAGCUUCAUUUUGAUACCCUGUUUGCUACCAAGUACUGUAAAUCUUCAAAGAUUGACAACAGAUAUGAAAAAUGAUGCAGUUUGAAUAGUUGCAAAUUUAAUAAGAUUACGCUAAGCAUAACCACACAUGCCCGUAAUUGGGCCCUAUUGACUGCACAGUGCUCGAACAAAGUGCGGGUAAUUCAAUUCGCGUGCUUGCAUGCAUGCAAGCACUGCGAUGCGUAUUCCCUGCCAUUCAUUUCAGGCAGUGUGACAUUGUCACACAGCAAUUUCCACUCGUGUACUCUUUAGAUUUGCAACUUUUCACGCUGUACCAUUUUUCAUGAACCAUUGUCAGUGUUUGAUGAUUUACAGUCUUUGGUAGCAAACGGAGUAUCAAAAUAUAGCUAACAUACCGGUAUCAUAGGACAAUCAGGUUCAAACUAGAGGUCUACAUGUAUGUCUGUUUGAAAACAGAACAUAGGGCAUUUUCUCAUUUUACUCAUGUUUAUGUCAUGUUGGUCCUUUUGUAGUCACUUUUUAGAGUGCUUUUGAUACAGUUAAAGGUUGUUCAAAAUGCUUAGAAUAAUUCCAAAAAUAUAAUUUUAUCACAUGACGUCACAUGCCCUGC